UUCCCGUGCGCUCUCACCCACUCUUGGCUGCCGCGGAUAAAACCCGGAACGCGGCCGGCGCGAGGGACGACCUUGAGUGCGGGAAGGAAGCAACUGAAGCAAAAUGGGUGAUGUAGAGAAGGGCAAGAAGGUCUUUAUCCAGAAGUGUGCACAAUGUCACACGGUUGAGUGUGGAGGCAAGCACAAGACUGGGCCAAAUCUAUGUGGUUUAUUUGGACGCAAGACUGGACAAGCUGAAGGAUUUUCUUAUACUGAUGCAAACAAAAACAAAGGUAUUAUCUGGAGUGAGGAGACACUAGACACCUACUUGCAAAAUCCGAAGAAAUUUAUUCCAGGAACAAAAAUGAUCUUUGCAGGUCUCAAGAAGAAGAGUGAACGUGAAGACUUGAUAGCUUAUCUGAAAUCUGCCACAGCCAAAUAACUGACAGAGUCUGUUGCCUUAUUUAUUGAUCGGUUUAGAUUUGACUCCUGAUUGAGCAACCUCUGGUAUUAAUGUUGCAGUUGAAUUUUUAACGGUCUAUGGUUUUUAACCAUGUGUCUAGUUCUGGCAUUCUCUACCACCCUGUAACACUGCACUGUUCAAUUUUUAAAUUUGGAAAUCAUUGAUCCUUCAACUAGUAAGAAUAAAAGGGACUGUCGAACCAUUUUCUCUUCAUUGCAUUGUCACUAAUAUAAUUGUCAUUGGUGAUUGGGAAGAUUUGUAAAUAUGCUAUUUUAUUGGAUUUUCUCAGGUUUCCACAAUUCCCAGUUAAGUGCUAUAACUUGGUUCUGCUGAAUCAACUGCCCUCAGAAUAUAUUGGCAGUCUCUGGAACAAGUAUUACUCUUUUUUUAAAUGGGCAAUUUUGACUUCCAAGCAAUAAUGGUUGAAAAUUUUCAAAGUUUAAAAACCUGAACAUAAGGUUAUAAAUCCAAUAGCUUUAUUUGUAAGUACUCUUUCAGAGUGCUGCUUGGUCAUCGGGUAGCUGUCAGCAGCACUCCGAAAGCUAGUACUUACAAAUAAACCUAUUGGAUUAUGGCCUGGUGUCCACCCCAGUCCAACACCGGCACCUCCAUCAUGGAAAAUGUUCAGUUAACAAAGGCAGGUUUAGAAGUAUAUAUUGUGUCAAAAAGGAUGGAUUUAUUUUAAUUUGUCCAGCAUCUUCAGUGCUCUAAAGAUGCAACAUGAGAUUGAAGUGUUAAUGUGAGCACAUCUUUGUCUGAUGAUGCCACAAAUGGUGAACUGUAAUUUUUAGUUACACAAUCACAAAAAAUUGACAUUAAUUUGUGCGGCACAUGUUAAGUUUAACUUUGAGCUACCAGUUGCAUUAUUCUUGACACCAAAUUGGCAUUUAUUCUUAGAUUUUGAAUGAGUUGUAUGUUUUCUUGUCUACUAACACUCUUCAGGUAGAGGCCAGGGAACCUAACAGAAUUCCACACUUGUAUCUUUCUUAAUAUUUGGUUAAACUUAUCACUUCUAAUCUAUUUUAGACUUGUGCUGAACAGCUAUGAAUAUUUUACAUCAAAUCAGGUUUCUAAAUUUCAUAGGAAAAUCAUAUCAAUCAUUUUGGAUUUAUUUUUGAUUUGCAUUUGCAUGUAUAGAUUGUUUCUCAUUAGCAUUAUUGCUGUUGAUUAUAUUAAUGCCAGGUGCCCUUCCUAAUGACUAGGCUUAUUCUCAAGUGGCCCUUUCUAUGGUACUGUGGUAUGUUCAAUUUUUAAAUGUCACCACUUAUGGCACUGAACCAAUCACUGGUCCACUUUAUUUUUCCACAAUUUCUCUAUCUCUAAUCAGAUUGAGUAGUUACAUUGACUUCUCAUCCUGAAUACUAAAAUUUUAUUCACUGAUUUUUAUCACAAAGUAUAAGUAUCCAAUUUCAAUUUACCUUUUUAAUAAGCAAAUCAGCAGUUCAUCUAAUUUACUUAUUGCAGUUUGUUUUAGACAUUUUGGUUAGUCACUUUAUCAUUGAUCAUCUUUUAAUCACAAAAGAUAGUGAGCAGCUCAGGUCCAGAUACCUCCAGUUUUGAUUGCACCUACUUGGACAAUUGAAUACCUGAGUUUAAAAACCCCAAAUGCUAUGUCAGAUGUGUACUCUUACACUGAGUGAAUGCAAAUGAAAAUCCAUUGCUGCUUUUGGCAAAACAUUACAUCACAAUGGGGGCUGCUGGUCUGAGUGCCCUAAGACUCCCUGGUCUGCUUGAUCAUUUUUUUUGUAUUGUGAAGCAUUAGCCUUUUGCCAUUUUUAGUACCUUUGAUUCUCUUCACUGAUCUGGAUUGUAGGAAGUUCUGCUUGUGCAAAUCACAAGGCGAAAGGACAGGUAGCCAGUGUUAACUAUGUACCAGUUGAAAUAGUCUCACUUCUAAAUUCCUUUACUGCUUUUGUCCAAUCCCUUGUUAGACUAGUUUUGGAUUUCUAAUCUGCAACAUUAAAUUUGGUAUUUAAACUUAAUGGAUUUCAGCAAAGCAAAACUGGACUUGUGAUUUGAUUUUUUUUGAUCAAUAUAAAUUACAGGAUGUAAGAUACUUGUAAUUACCUGAAAUUGCAUACAGCAGCUUGAAGGAGAUUUGAACAUUCAUGAACUGGCAAUGAAGAAUGCUUUCAUACACUAACUCAACAAUUUAAUUUGGCCAAAUUUUCCCCUCUUUGUAAAUUUGCAUUUCCCAACAGCUGAGCAAAAUGAGUUUGUAUGAGGACUAGGUGGGCUUCAGAUCUUGGAAUGUAGCUGCCUAACUGGAAAAGCUCAUGCUUUACCUCUGGUUCAUUGAAUAAACAUUGCAAAUAUGAAUAUAGAUUAACACUUCAUUCUGUAAAGCAGUGUAUUUAUCAGAACUUGUUUCAAUUUUGUUCAUGAUUGGACAUUAAACAUUUGAUCCAAA